UCUUUUGAACUUUUGAAUACAACUGGGUUGAUUAAUUUUUUUAAACGACAACAUUUUCAAAUAUUACAUCUCGAUGAUAACGAUUAUUCAAUUUUACGUCAAAAUAAAUUGUCUGGAGUUAGUUUUCUGCAUUCUGAUAAAGAGGAUUUCAAAGCAACUGAUUUAUCGGUGUUUAUAUCAGUAGAGCUAAACGUAUUAAGAAAAAAAAUUAAAUCAAUAAUUAAUAAAUCAGAAACUAACCCCAAUGAUUCAAAAGUGAAACUAUUCAAAUCGCUUGUUAAGGUUAAAGAAGUUACUAAGAUUAAGUCCUCUUCAUUGAAGGACAUGUUAGAAGGAAAUAUUUCACUGAUCGUGAAACAAUUACUAGAAUUUCAUCAUAAAGACAUGGUAAUAAAACAGUUCAGAAAUUAUAAUGAAGCUGCAUUCCAAGUGGCAGUGGCAAAAUUAUUUCCUUUUAAAAAUUGGGUCCCUGAAAUGCGUUUAGUGUAUACCAACAGUACCAACGGUAAAUAUGCAUUUAUUGAUCUUUUUAUCAAUGUGGUGAAGAAGGAAAGUUAUUGA